CUUCUGCGUUCGGGCUUCCUACCCUUGCCGUAGAUCUGUUAUGAUCCACAUCCACGGAGACACAGAGGCGCAAUCUGGACAAUCUUGUCAAUCACUCCACACAGCUUGGGCCACUUUCGUGCCGUUGCUCAGUGACGUAGCGGGCUACAACCACUCGCUUCAAAACAUCGCCUCCCCCAUCAGCCACAGCACACACACACAUUCACUCCCACCAACUCCGCACAUAUCGCUCUGCAGACACCGUUGCACUACAAGUAGCUUCAUCACAGUAUAACAGACUUUACCGCCAAGAUGCACCGUACCUACUCAAUGCGCCAGUCGCGCGCGCCGACUGCGUCGCAGAUUCAGAACCCGCCGCCUCCACCUUCGUCUACCAAGGCGAACAGGCUGUUCGGCCGGGCCAACAUUGGACACACCUUCCGCAAGUCUACUGCCGGCGCAUUCGGUCCAGAUCUUGCCAAGAAGCUUUCCACACUCGUGAAGAUGGAGAAGAACGUCAUGCGCUCCAUGGAGCUUGUCGGCCGUGAGCGCAUGGAGGUCGCACAGCAACUCUCCAUCUGGGGUGAGGCUUGCGACGACGACGUCUCCGACGUUACGGACAAGCUCGGCGUGCUCAUCUACGAAAUCGGUGAGCUUGAGGACCAAUUCGUCGACCGCUACGACCAGUACCGCGUAACAAUCAAGAGUAUUCGCAACAUUGAAGCCUCCGUCCAGCCCAGUCGUGACCGCAAGCAGAAGAUCACCGACCAGAUUGCCCAGCUCAAGUACAAAGAACCAAACAGCCCGAAGAUCGUCGUCCUCGAGCAGGAGCUUGUCCGCGCCGAGGCCGAGUCGCUCGUUGCCGAGGCUCAGCUUUCCAACAUCACUCGCGAAAAGCUGAAGGCUGCCUUCACUUACCAAUUCGACGCUCUGCGCGAGCACAGCGAGAAGCUUGCCAUCAUCGCCGGCUUCGGCAAGCACCUCCUUGAGCUCAUCGACGAUACUCCGGUCACACCUGGCGAGACCCGCAAUGCUUACGACGGCUACGAGGCCUCCAAAGCCAUCAUCCAGGACUGCGAGGACUCACUCACCAACUGGGUUGAGCAGAAUGCAUCGGUCAAGUCUAACCUGUCUCAGCGUGCGCGCACUCUGUCCCAGCGCCGCCACCAGAACCGUGGUGUGGGAAGCGAGGGUGUUGACCUGACGCACCAGGAUCAGCAGAUGGACCGUGAGUCUGGUCUCUGGAUUCCAGCCAGCCAGCACAAGGGCGGCGAGGAGGAGUUUGAUGAUGAUGGCGAAGAGGAGCACGAUGUUGACGCGCGUGGCCGUGAGGAGGAGCGUGCCCAGGCUGCGUAAGUUAAUAAUUCAGUCCCUAACGUUAAUUGAUUGAGCGCAACCACGCAUGCGACCUUCAAUGCGAGCAAUAUACCCAGGAGGGCGUGGGAGAAUGGGCGAUUGUUCCCGAUGCUCGAGGCUGACCCCCAAGACCGAGCUGUUUAUGCAAUGACUGAUGUUGGAGUACCCUAAGUGAUGCGAGUACGUAAUUUUCAUAGUCAAUAAUGUGUUUCAUAGUCCUGUGAGCUUCAUCUCCAUCGC